CACAUUUUUUUUGUUUCAUUGAAGCAAUAAUUUAGUUGCAUUAAUGCUGAUAUGUUUUUCCGUUUCCCCUUUUAAAAAAGAUUCAAAAGAAAAGUCUGCUAGUAAUACCAUUUUCCUACUACUAAUAAUUUUACAUAUGGAGAAAGCCUUGAGAUCUUUUCUUUUAACACUACUACUCUUGUUGUUUCACUAUGUUAUGCCUAGUUCAGCCAUGACUCGUACCAACGUUUCUACGGAUCAAUUAACUCUUCUGUCUUUGAAAUCCCAAAUUAGUUCCGACCCCUUUCAUUACUUGGAUGACAGUUGGUCUCCUGCUACUUAUGUUUGUCAUUGGGUUGGAGUCACUUGUGACUAUCGUCACCAGAGAGUGAAGUCCUUGAAUCUUUCCAACAUGAUCCUUACAGGCACGAUUCCACGUGAUUUUGGAAACCUCACAUUUCUUGUUUCUCUUGACUUGGGAAGCAACAAUUUCCAUGGAAAUUUGCCUCAAGAAAUGGCACACCUGUGUCAGCUUAAGUUUCUUGAUUUAAGUUUGAACAAAUUCAGUGGGGAGGUUCCUUCUUGGUUUGGGUUUUUAAAACAACUUCAAGUUUUAAAACUUAGGUUUAACAGUUUCACUGGUUCCAUUCCCCCGUCACUUUCGAAUGCCUCAAAAUUGGAGACUUUAGAAAUAUCUGCCAAUUUACUUGUAGGAAACAUCCCGGAAGAGAUAGGCAAUCUUCAAAACCUUAAUAUGUUGUCCAUGGAACAUAAUCAGCUUACGGGUUCUAUACCAUUCACAAUUUUCAAUAUUUCUAGUAUCCAAGUCAUCGCAUUUUCAAACAAUAGCGUAUCAGGAAAGCUUCCCAAUGAUUUAUGCAAUCGUCUUCCAAUACUCAAAGAGCUUCAUCUAUCAAUGAACAAGCUUCAUGGUCAUAUGCCUAUAAGCUUGUCAAAUUGUUCACAACUUCAAAUAUUGUCUCUAUCCAUAAAUGAUUUUGAUGGACCAAUACACAGUGAAAUUGGAAGAUUGAGUAACUUGCAGAUAUUGUAUCUCGGAUCUAACCAUUUCACAGGUAUAAUUCCACAAGAAAUCGGAAAUCUUGUUAAUUUGGUGGAAUUAGCAGUGGAUGUAAACCAGAUUACCGGCUCUAUCCCAAUCUCUAUAUUCAAUAUCUCUUCAUUGCAAUUUGUUUCACUAAGGGGGAACAAUCUCAAGGGAUCCUUACCACGGGAAAUUGGCAACUUAACCAAGAUACAAGUUUUAUUUCUUAACAACAAUAGGUUUACUGGUGAAAUACCCAAAGAGAUAAGAAAUCUGGUUGAGUUGGAGGAACUUGCUCUUGGGUUUAAUAGUUUUAGUGGUUCACUUCCAAUGGAGAUCUUCAACAUAUCAGGGAUGAGAGCAAUGGCUCUUUCAUUCAAUAAUUUAUCAGGAACCAUCCCACCAAACAUAGGUUCUGUAUUACCCAACAUUGAAGAGCUUUAUAUGAGUAACUUGACCAAUCUUGUUGGGACUGUUCCUCAUUCUAUUUCCAAUUGUUCAAAACUUACUAUCCUAGAGCUUUCAGAAAUUUAAGACUUCUUGAUCUAUCAUUGAACCCUCUAAAUGGCAUGCUUCCGGUCUCCGUAGGGAACUUCUCCAAAUCUCUUGUAAAGCUUUGUGCCACUGAUAGCAAGAUUAACGGCCAGAUUCCAAAUGAAGUUGGAAACU